AUGGAAUCAUUAUCAUUAUUAUCUUUAUCUCCUCUACCAUGGAUAAUACAAUCAGAGAUUAUUUAUAUAGUAUGUAAUUAUAGAAGGAAUGAAUUUCAUCGAAUGAUUAAAGCAGAGGAUGUAUUUCAUGUGGCUGGUGUGUCGAGACGGUGGAGAGAUACUGUUAAAUCAUCGUUGCGUUUAAACUGGAAGAUUGAAAUUGAAAGACAUAGUCUUGAAGAUUACUGUUUGCAUACUGAAAACUCGUAUAAUCUAUUGUCGGGCCACCAUCAUACCAUCGCAUUGGAUGUUGGCAGAGCUGACGGUACUGCUCCAACAAACAGACAAUACGUCACUGCCAACCACGAGUGGUUCAGAGAUGAUAUUAUUGCAAGAAUGUCACAAAUUAAUAUAAACCAUGGUACUAGAUCACUUGGUUGGAUGCCUGUUAUUGGCAAUGACCCACUGAUCUCACUCGUACAAAUGACUUGCCAUUACGGUGCAAGGAUAUGGUCAUUAAACUUGUUUCAACAUUUAGAGAGUUUGGAUAUUACUUUUGAUGGAAAUACCACCGAUCAAAUACCAUCAAUACUUGAAAACUGUCUACAUCUAAAGACUCUUAGGAUGACCGUAACAGGUGUCUUGCAUCACCCAGAGGACCUUGAAACGGUGUUUGCAAAUGUACCUAGUACAGUCACUAAAAUAGUAUGGGGCAACCAAUACUAUUCCCAACCCAAGGUGUAUGUCCCAACAUACAAUCCACUCCCAUUCCAUCUCUUGCCAACGUCUGUCCGUCAACUCGCCAUUUGGAAUGCUUCACAAAUAUGUACCCAAGCAUACUAUGACUUUGUAAUGAACAACUCGAUUCAGAAAAUAGCCCAACUCAACUUGUCCACUCUGGAAUGCAUCGAAUUUCUAUCAUCCCAUUUGUCGCCUGUCAAAAACUUGCGUCUACAUCUAGCUACCACACCGCCGCCAACAAUCGACAUCACUGGAAAAGCAUUGGUGCCACCAAUGGUAGAGGUGUUGACACUAGGACUCGACAUUUUAGGUGCACAGACAGUGGUGGAAGGGAUUUUCAAUCAUAGUGGUCCAUUACCAAACCUACAUAGAUUAAACUUGGAUAUACGUGUAUCCAGUCUCCACACUAUCAUCCUAUUUAUCCAAAACAGCAAGUCACUUAGAGUUAUCGAUCUAUGUGUACAACAACUAUUCGGUAGGUUAGAUCUUUUAGAUCAACUUUUGGAUGCGGUGGCCACCAGUCCCUCUAUUCAAAAGAUGUAUUUAAAACCAACAGGAGAUAGCAUUUUGGAAUGUCUCAUCAAAAAACAAUCACAAUUCAACCAUCUAUUGACCAUUAUCGAUGAAGAUGAGCAGACCAUCAUCAAUACACAUAAUAAUCAUAUUGAUUUAUCUUCCUAUACAAUUGCGAAAUAA